AUGACAAGCCCAAGACGAUCUAAAAAAAGUGGGGCUCAGUGUGCCGUUCAGGUCCUAGACUGGGAUUCACCAUCUGAUGAAACAGGAACUGUGAAAAGAAGAAGAUCAUCUUGUCCUGAGCAUUCAGGUAAACACGAAGUUACAGUACAUGAUUCCAUAUUUGAGGUGCAAACUCCAUCUGACUCUGGAAGUGGAACUUCAAGAAGUAUAGAUGAUACUGAUAAAUCUGAUUCACUGAUCGAAGUAGAAGAAAGAAUAUCAUACAUAAUCAAUGAAAACAGAUCUUCCAAAAGUAAUUCCGAGUCGAGUGAUAUAGAUAUAAUAAUAGAUACUGUAUUAAAUGAUCCCAGCGAAACCCUUUUUGAAACUACACAAAAUGAACCACACUUAUGUGAUCGUAGCAAAACUUUUAUCAAACAAGAAUCAAAAGUUAUUAACCAAAAACAAGCUGUGGGUCCUGAUGAGGUCAUUAACGAUAAAAAGGUCAAAGGUCGACUUAAAACUUUAGCACCUAUAAAGAAAUUAAAUAAAGGUUUCGAAAUUAGUAAAAAUAGUCCUAAGUUAAUCAAAGAGCCGGCAAAAAUCCACGACAAAGCAAGUGUCUUACCAGUGUAUAAAAGUACAGUUCAAGGUAGCAGUAUAGAUUUAAAUUCAAGCCAAAAGAAGAAAACUGCUUCUAAAUUAAGGCUACCGUUUUCUCCAACUAAAACAAUGGAUAAGCCAAAGAUAAACUUCUUUCAAAACAAACCUAAUCUACAAGAUACGAAACCAUCACCUUUGCUGUCAUCACCAAUAAGAAGAACAAUUUCUAAUGAAUACGUCCGUUUAAAAUUUACUAAUGACACAGUGAUUCGACGGACAAUUGACGGCAAGUCAGUACCUAAGAUUAAACCAAAAAUACAAUCAAUUAUACCAGAAAGCCCUGUAGAUAGUGAAGAUCCGUUUUUAAAUUUAAGUCCAAAUAAAAAGUACACAGUGACAGUGAACAAUAAAGUAAGAUGUGAUAAAGACAACUACGUCAUUUUCGAUCCUAAAACGGGUUUCACUCCAGAAACACCAAAGAAUUCGCGGAUCCCACUAAAAUCUCCAACUAGUGAAAAGUCUCGAAUUCCUUUGAAAUCUCCGGUCGGUGAAAAUUCAGGCUUAGCUCGUAAAUCGGCUAAUGUCAGUGAUACAGACAGUGGUAUUUUAUCUCCGAAUUCUCCAGUAGAGACAAGUGAAAGGGGAUCUACGUAUUAUGUAAACGCAAAAGCAUUUAGUGAGGCAGCAAAAAGAUGUGGAAGCGAGAUCGACAUCACUAUACUCGAUCCCGGAUUAGCGAAAAAGGCUGCGGAGCAGAUUCAGGUGAGUUUAGAAUAA